GUUCAGCGAAAGGUUCUUGGGGUACUUGGAGACCAUCAGCCGCAGCAGCAAGCAGAGCAUUGAAUUGCAUUGCAUUUCAUUUCAUUUCAUUGCAAAGGCUUGGAAACAGGCACGUAUUUGUUUCGGCUUCGCAUCGAAAGGGGCCUUCUUUGCCUAGCCGACAUGGCGGCCACCGCAAAGUCACCACGCUACUUUGAGCAGCAGCCGUCGGAGGUCGAGGCGGUUGCAUCUUCUCCAGCCAGCAAGAAUGCGGGCACGUUCGGCUCGAACAAUACGACCCUCUUCAUCUCUGGCUUGCCCUUCACAGCAACUUCGACAGAUCUGAGUACCUUGUUCAGCGACAUUGGCCCGUUGCGAAAAUGCUUUAUUGUUACCGAGCCGCAGUCCAAGCGGUCCAAGGGUGUCGGAUACGUGCAGUAUGCCGUCAAGGAGGAUGCAGAGCGCGCCUUGUCAGAAAUGGACGGCCGAAAGGAAGGAGUCAUGGACGGCUCUAGGGCCAUUAGGGUCGAGUGGGCUAGGAACAGAGCGACGCUCAAGGAGAGGAGCGAGAAGAGGAAGAGAGACGGCGCGGCUGCACCGCAAUCAGAGCAGCAGCUUGCAGCUGAAGAGACCGCCAGCGUCGAACCGCAAGAUUCCAAAGUGCCAGCACAUACACAAUCCAAGCAGCAACAGCGACCAGCCAAGCGACCCCGUCCGAGCGCCGUACCCUCUGCGACGGCGGCAGACCCAAGCGCUGGCGGUGAAAAGAAAGCAGACGGCCGCGACCCGAACGCAAACCGCACACUUGUCCUGCGAGGCCUUAGCGCCUGCAAGCCAGCAGCCGAUCAAAAGUCGCUCUACAAGCGCGUGCGCAAGAUUGGACAGGUCGAGUCGGUCGUCUACCCCGUACCCUCCGAGGCAGGCGGCGCGUCAGGGGACAGCAACGACAACGGAAAGGGCAAGGGCAAGAAGGGCAGUGGUACAACUGCGUCUGAUAUGGAUACGGACACGGCCUACGUCAUUUUCCGUACACCCAAUCACGCAGCAAGCGCUCUGCCGAACCUGCAUAACCGCACGUUCAAAGCAGCCGUGCUGAAAGCGGACCUCAAGCGCACGUGGGACGGGCUGAGGCGGUUGGAGUCAUCGCUGACGAACCCCGCGACGUUACAGCGCAGGCAAGAGACGAUCGCCGCGAUCGAGCGCGAGAGCCGCGCGCCGGCCAUCGUGCGCGGCGUUCUGAGCAAGGUCGGUACCAAAGGUGCAAAGGUCGUCGUCAGCAGCGCCGGAAACCAUGCGGUAAGGAACGCCGCGCAUGUGACAGUGGCGCCACCGCCAUGGAAGCUGAGCGCCGAGGUCGAUGGCCGGCUCGCACUGGCUAGAGCCGGAGGCGGCGCAGUUGCUACUGGCAAGAUCGAGAAGAAGAGCAGACUGAUCGUACGCAAUUUGCCGUUCGACGUGACACCUGAUGACCUGCGUGCCAUCUUCCUGCCCUUCGGUCCGCUGUACAAGGUAGAUAUCCCCCAGACGGCAGCACCAGCGAUCGAUAGACGCCGAAAGAGCAAGGCAAAGCGUCAGGAGGAUGCGGAGGAGGAAGAGCAAGAAGAUGAUGAAGCAAGCGAUGAUGACGAGGUCGAGAUCGCGGUCAAGGACAACGAAGAUGAAGGUAAUACCGGAGAUGCGAAAGCCCAUGCAGAAUCAGGUGACGAGGAUACGGCAGGCAAUGAUCAGGGUAGUGAUGACGAAGGCGACGACGAGAAUGAUGAUGAGGAGUCAGAGGAGGGUCAAGAUGACAACAGUGAUGCUUCGCCAGAGGCACAAGGCGAGAAGGAGGAAAUCAAAGACUGCGCAACAGCCAGUGACACUCCCACGCGCGGUCGUGGCUUCGCCUUCGUCUGGUUCGUGUCGUACUCGGAUGCGUCGACCGCGCUCACGAGUGUGAAUGGCAUGUCCAUCCAACACGGCGCGGCGGAGCGCCUGGCGUAUAAGAGCGCGGUGCACUCGCGCGACAGGCGCCAGAUCAAGGUCGUCUGGGACCGUGUCAAGCGUCUGGCGCAGCCCGCCAGAGUCGUCGCUGUCGACUGGGCGCUUGCGAAGGACGAGUGGCAGAAGAAGCAAGAAGAGGGAGAGGACAGCGCAAAUGAGGCCGAGCCCGAGGCCGAGGCUGGCACAAAGGAGGAAGCGGGAGAGGAGGACAGUGAUCUCGAACCCAUGGCCGUAAAUGACGGAGAUGAUGGCGACAAAGUGGAAGAAGGCCAACUAACUACGCUUCCUCAACCUGAAGAAGGCACAACCCUCUUCAUCCGCAACCUCCCGUUCACCGCCUCUGAAGUGGAGCUCCGCGAUCUUUUCCGUGCGUUCGGUAGCCUGCGCUAUGCGCGCAUCACAAUGGACAAGGCAACAGGCAAGUCCAAGGGUAACGGUUUCGUGUGCUUUUGGAGCAAGGACAGUGCCGACAAGGUGCUGGAUCAAGCUGAGCUCGUGCAGCGCGAGAGCGGCGCCUCAAGCAUGACCGGCGCCAAUGCCGUCGGCAUGAAGACGGCAGUGACGGCCAACCCUUUUAGCAUGACAGCAGCCUCGUCCGGCGCCACGCCCGCGACGAAUCAUUACUCGUCGCUGUUGACAGCAGACGUGUCGGCGCCGCUGGCUGCGAGCCUGUCGCUUCAUGGCCGUCUGUUGUCGAUUGCGCCUGCACUGAAGCGCGAAGACGCACAGGCGCGCGAGGCGAGUGCGAUCGCAGCGCGCCAGAAGGGGGACAAGCGCAACACAUGGCUGCUGCGCGAGGGUGUGCCGUUCCCUAACUCGCCGCUUGCCGGCCGGCUUGGGGGCUCGAGUGAAGGCGCGGGUGCAACCAAAGGCACGGCGGAGAUCGACAAGCGCCUGCAAAGCUUCACAGUGCGGCGCAAGCAGCUCGAGACGAACGCAGCGCUGUUCGUGAGCAAGACCCGGCUGAGCGUGCGCAACCUGCCGUUGUUCGUGACAGACAAGGUUCUGAAGAAGCUGGCGCUGCACAGCGUCAAGGAAUUCGGGCGUGAAGCCAAGGCGGGCGAGCGCGAGGACUUGAGUCGGGAGGAGCAAGUGGACUUGACACUUAGCGCCGCGCUGGAACACGGCAGCGAGAGCAAGCGCAACAAGUUCAUCAAGGAGCGCCCAACGGCGGUGGUGCAGAGCAAAAUUGUUAGACAGACGGACCGCCUGGACCCCAUCCUCGGCAGCGUCGGCAGAAGCAGGGGAUAUGGCUUCUUGGAGAUGCGCUCGUUCAAGGACGCACUCAAGGUCGUGAGGUGGGCCAAUGCCAAUAAAGACGUCACGAAGCUCUUCGUCGAGUGGCACCUGCAAGAACUGGAAGGUGCCGUCAAGGUCCUCCGCAAAGACAUUGCUAGCGGCGCAGAGAAGAAGGAAAGUGGCAAAGGUGCUGCUGCUCCCGCAGGCCUCAGUGCCAAGGAAGACAAUGAGUCACGGCUCAAGCGGUUACUAAAGCGCAUCGCCGACAUCAAAGAGACAGGCAACAAAGGCUUGGACAAGGGUGAACGUGGUGGGCUCAUCAUGAUCGAAUUCUCCAUCGAGAACGUCACCAUCACGCGCAAACGUCAGGAACGCGCGGACCACCAGAAGAGUGCAGCCUCCAAGCGCAAGGAGAGGGACGGUGAUGCUGACCAGGAGGAAGACGAAGCAGCAACCCACCGGGGCCCCUCGACGAGCAAGAGCGACGGCAAGCGACGCGAGAACUGGAACAAGAAGACGACGUCAUCCUCCGGCUCAUUCGCUGACGUGAAGCACCUAAGGAAGAAGGCUGACGGAAGGAUCAAGGAGGAGAAGGGUAAAACGAGCACCCAAAAGCAUGCUGCCGCCGCCGGCUCUUCCUCCUCGCUCGGACGGAUCCUUGGCAAAAAGCGCAAGGAGAGGAAGUUCAAAGGCGCCAAGUGAGCAUGGCAAGGCCGCAUGUCGUGUCCUGGCCACGCUUUCGAUCCGCUUGAAAGGGCAAGAAGUGAGGUUCGCGAUUCGCACGCCGUCCGCCCCCACUCGAUGCCUAAGGAACUCGAUCCAAUGUCGCAAGAUCGAGCACUUGUGAGGCACACAGCAGGGUUGAGCACCUCGCAAACGCUGUAGUAUAUCACGCACAUCAACAUGCAAUUGGCAGGAAGCAUUGUAC